GGAGAAAUUAGGAAGUUUAAUAACGCCCAGUGUUAUUAUUGUUAAUAAAUCAUGCAGUUUUGACAAAUGUCCACAUGGAGACACUGCAGACCAUCACAUUUGGACUUGCUAUUUAAUGUCUUAGGGCUCCGCCCAAAUUCAGCGGGUGAUGUGGGCUUUGUUACAAAGAGAGGUCGGACGACAAAGAACGGUCGUGUCUUUUGGUCGUGAAAAUGCUGACAUCUUUGCUUGGAUUAUUUUUUUGGUGACCGUGGUAUCAUAGUUUCUGUAACCUAUUAUUCAGAUUGGCCUGCAUGCUCCUUCUCGACGUAAGGAAUUAUGCAUUUACCGAGCAGAACGGGCUCUGUGUGGAUAUAUCUGCUGUUCGUGCUGCUGGAUUGUUACUGGGAGCUGGUGUCCGGGCAGCUCUCUUACUCCGUCUCAGAGGAGGUGAAUGUCGGGACUGUGGUCGGGAAUAUCGCUAAAGAUCUAAACAUCAACGUCCAGGAUUUGGAAUCCCGCAUGUUUCAGAUCGUUUCUGGAUCAAAGAGGAAAUAUUUCGAGGUAAAUCUAAAGACUGGUGUCCUCUACGUUAAUGAGAAAAUAGAUCGAGAGGAACUCUGCGGCGACGAAGCUAAAUGUUCACUCAGUGUAGAAGCUGUUAUUAAUAAUCCAUUAAAACUGUACCGGAUUGAAGUUACAAUCUUAGACGUGAAUGAUAAUUCACCAUCAUUUCUCAGCACGUCACAGAUAAUCAAUAUUACUGAGAACACCGCGGCAGGGGCUAAAUUCCCCCUCCAUCCUGCUCACGACCCAGACGUCGGUACAAAUAAUGUUAAGAAUUACAAGCUUAGUCAAAACGAACAUUUCUCCCUUGACACACAUCAAGGAGAAACUGUAACUACGGAAUUAGUGCUUCAGAAAGCUUUAGAUCGAGAAAAACAGUCUGUAGUUCGACUCACGCUGACUGCGAUUGAUGGAGGAACUCCUGCUAAAUCAGGCAGCAUCAUAAUUAUAGUGAAUGUGUUGGACAUUAAUGAUAACGCUCCUAUAUUCAAUAAAAAACUGUAUAAAGCCAGCGUUCAUGAAAAUGUGAAAAUAGGCAGCUCGAUAAUAACAUUGAACGCAACAGAUUUAGAUAUGGGCCCAAAUGGACACGUGUCAUAUUCAUUUAGUGACAUAGGUCGAGGAAAACAAACUGAUCUGUUUUCCAUUGAUGAAAAAACAGGGACUGUCACAAAUAAAAAGAAUAUCGACUUUGAAGAGAACAACGCUUUUGAGAUAAGAGUUCAGGCCAGUGAUGGAGCUUCGUCUCCGAUGACAUCACAUGCCAAAUUAUUGAUUGAAGUCUUAGACGUCAAUGACAAUGCUCCUGAAAUUUCAGUGACGUCACUGUUAAACACCGUGAAAGAGGACGCAUCCAUCGGCACAGCUAUUGCUCUAGUUUCAGUAUUUGAUAAAGACGGAGGUAAAAACGGGAUCGUGAACUGUAAAAUUUCAAAUAACGUCCCUUUCAAACUUGAGUCGAAUUAUAAGAAUUACUACUCGCUGGUGGUGGACGGUCCUCUUGACAGAGAGAGCGCAUCUCAAUACAAUAUCAGCAUCACUGCUACUGACGAGGGGAGCCCACCUCUCUCCAGUACAAGUGUAAUUACUGUACACGUGUCAGAUGUAAAUGAUAACAGACCUGUAUUCACAGAAUCUACCAUUAAUGUCUAUGUGAGAGAAAACAGUCCAGUAGGAGCAGUUAUAAAAACAGUGUCAGCUUUUGAUGACGACAUCGAUCAGAAUGGUCAGGUGAGAUUUUCAUUUUUACAAAGUAACAGUGACACGUUACCAUUAUCUGCAAUGGUUAACAUCAACUCAGAGACAGGAGAUAUAAUCAGUCUGCAGUCGUUUAACUUCGAAGAGUUGAAAACGUUUCAGUUUAAAGUUCAGGCCACAGACUCUGGUGUUCCUCCGCUCAGCAGCAACGUGACUGUGAACGUUUUUAUCCUGGAUGAGAAUGACAACAGUCCUACGGUUCUUUCUCCAUACUCUGAGCACGGCUCCGUUAACAGUGAGAGCAUCCCCUAUCCUGCAGAAGCAGGAUACUAUGUGGCAAAGAUCAGGGCUGUAGACGCAGACUCUGGAUACAACGCGCUGCUUUCUUAUCACCUCUCUGAGCCCAAAGGAAACAACCUCUUCCGGAUCGGAACCAGCACUGGGGAAAUCAGGACUAAGAGGAGAAUGAGUGACAAUGACCUGAAAACUCACCCCUUGGUGGUGCUGGUUUCUGAUAACGGAGAACCCUCCCUGUCAGCUACUGUGUCUAUAGAUGUGGUGGUGGUUGAGAGCACAGCUGACAUCCAGACUCAGUUCAGACAUGUGCCCACAAAGGACGAUGGCUUCUCUGAUUUAAACCUGUAUCUGCUGAUCGGCAUCGUGUCGGUGUCAGUCAUCUUUCUACUGAGCCUCAUCACUUUAAUAGCUGUCAAAUGCCACAGGACAGACAGCAGUUUCAGCAGGUACAGCGCCCCAAUGAUCACCACCCACCCUGACGGGAGCUGGUCUUACUCUAAAGCUACUCAGCAGUAUGACGUCUGCUUCAGCUCAGACACGCUCAAGAGUGACGUAGUGGUUUUCCCCGCAUCGUUUCCGCCUGCAGAUGCGGAGCUUAUCAGUAUUAACGGAGGAGACACUUAUAGCAGGACUCAGACUUUACCAAACAAAGAUAAGGUAAGACAAUAUUUACAUCAAGUAUUUGAACAUUUUAAGCAGAUAAUUUAAUAUAUAUAUACCUGUUUUACAAACGUUAUUCUAAAACAAUGGGGACACUAUGUUGCUUUGAAAAACGACGUUCAGUAAAUAUGAAUUCUCAAUUUCACUUACGGUGGAAUACACACAAAGUACAAGAAGUCAGGUCUUUUUCUUUUAUGUACUCUACUAUGACAUAUUACAAAUUUGCCUCAGGGGGCUUCACAAUAUGUACAGGUUCCUUUGUGUCAACCUUUACAGCCUCAAAAAGCAAUAGGGGAAAAUACUUUGGCCAAAUGAAAUAAUCAACAGCACGAACAACGUGUUGGGGAUCCCUUAGGACAAGUACUCGAGGUUACUGUCUGUGCUUUUGUAGUUUAUAUUGCAAUCACAUCUUCCUUUUUAUUUGUUGGUGGUAUUUAAAUUUCUGUAAUUUCUUUGCGGAUGAUUUUUUGUCUGUGCGUGUCGCUGUCUGUGGUGCUGAACACAACUCAAAAGGCUCACUGGCAAUUCCAGAUUCCCAGCACCUAAUGCAAAUGAAAAACUUUGUUUGAAUGCGUCGUUUUCACAUAAGACAUUUACAAACAUCUUUUUGUAAUUACCGCUGAACAGUAUGUAACAGUUUUCA